CUCAAUUGGGUGGAGAACGUACAUUUGAAGUGGGAAGUUGUAGAAAAGAGACAAUCUUCUCUACUACUUUGCCACUUGAAUUGAGUCUUACAAUGGGGUGCAUCCAAUUCCACACUCCAUUAACUCCCCUGCACUUGCAUCUCAAACACAAACAGCCUCUAAGGACAACUCAACUGCUCUGGCUCUCUAGCAAUGAACCUACUGAGCUUUUUCACAGACCAAACAACCUAUCACCACUGGCUCCGACGCCCAAGGCCCUCCCCAGUCUCCUUGAUCUCAGCGCUUCAUCCGCAGCCAAGUCCGGCGGCGACCUAUCCGUCCUCCUCCCGACCAGUGCAGUACUUUUCCUUCUGUACUUCAUAGCAAAUUUCCUCGUCCCGAAUUUCAUCUUCAAAAGUUUGCAGUCUGACGAGGCAAGUGAAGACCAGAAGCAAAAUGAUGAUGAUGAUGAUGAUGAUGAUUCCAUUUAAGAUGUAAUAAUUCUGGUUUUAGGAUGAGAAAACUGGCGCAAAAUAAGCAGUCAAGCAAGCUCGGAAGCAAAAAAAACAGGGCUUCAAGAGCACCAAACCAUGAGAGCAUGUGGCUAAAGAAGCCCAUCAUUCUCCCAUGUGAUAUGGUCAUUAUGACUGAUUUUAGUAACAAAACUUUUGCUCAUGAUUUACCAUUUUCUUCUCACAAUUUCGACCAAUAUCUCUAGACAGUGAUGAUUUUAAAAACCUGUCAUGUAUGUCAUCUAAUCUAAGGAAUAGCAAUUUGUGUUCGCAUCUCAGAUUCAGAUUAUGUUGAGCAGACAAAUGAUGUACUAUUUCAACAUUUUUUCUUAUAGAAAGUCAGUAUUUAUUUGUUUAUU